AUGAAUACGCCUCCCAUGAGCGCAGAGCAGCUCACGCCAAAAAUGUCGCCCAUAAUGAUGCAUUUGGAUGACAACUUGUCCUCCUCGCUAACGAACCCGUCGUUCAUGCAUCUCGACGAUAACAAAAAAGCCAGCUAUCCUGCUGCAUACCGGACUUCGCUUUCAAAGCUCACAGAGCGCAAGAGCCGAGGCCGGACCGCAGAUCCCAAGACUCCAAACAAAAUUCUACGUUCAAACUCCCCAAUACGUGCCAUGCUUAAUAACGCGCCCAAGAUGCUUAAACCGGAGUACAUGAGCGUAUCGAGACUUUUAAAUAACACGAGAGGCGUCCCAGUAGCACCGGCAACAACGCCCUCGAUGAUUCUCACAUCUUCUAAACUCAUUUUCAAAAAUGUAUCGCAGCAACCGCAUCAGCAAUCAAACAAGGAACAGGAACAGCCUCCAGUACACUUCAACGAAAAACCAGAACCUGUAUCACAACCGAAAGCACAUAACAAGCAUUCAAAAGGGCUAUCAAAUACAAGCACCGUAAUAAACGGUGCCACUGCAUGCGAAAGUCAGGUUAUAUGUGCUCCACAAUCCAAGCCUGAAACGAUACCGGAGGUCAAACUGGCUGAGCCUAGAGUCAAGACUCCAGGAUAUAGGUUUCCCUCUGCCACUUCGACUGCUUCAUCGGGUUCUACCCUAGAUUUCAAAGAGUUUCCAGAGAGCUUAAACUUCGAAGUUGCGGCAAUAGACAAAGAUGAAUUUGUUCUGGCAACACAGAGUAAAAGAAGUUCUUAUAUGUCUAGCGUAGGAUCCACGAAUGACGAUGAUCUGAACGGAUGGUUUGCGCAGUCUACGGACGAGAGACAAGUUGCGACGUUAAAUAUAAGCGAUGCUCAAAAUAACCGACAACACGUUGACACAUUAAGAGAGAGAACGUUUCAAACGGAGCAUUUCUCUUUGCGAGCUAAACAACUCGAGCUACAAAUUGCGGAAUUGCGGUUACAGAAUGAACAACUUAGACACACAAUGACUGCACAUCGGACGGUGCAGGAUAAAUGUAUGUUUGAUGCAUUGCAUGACGUACAACGGGAAAAGGAGAAUGCUUAUAGAGAUAUGGAUCGCAAGACAAAACAACUGGAAAAACAAAUAGACAAUUACAGACGGGUUAUCAAGAAAUUAACCGCACCUACGAAAGUUGUUCCAACCACGUCUAAACCAAGAAUUCCAUUGGUAGACGCGCUAACGUUGAACGAAUUAUCAGAGGCAAACUCUAGCAGCGGUGACGACACCGAGAACGAAGACCACGAUAAUAUCAACGAGAACAUACUCGACAAGACUACAACCAUUACGAACUUCAAUAAUGACGAACAUAGUCGGCAAAUGUCAGAAUCUCCGCGCAAAAGGCCCGCAGGGAUAAGGCUCGGGUUGACGUUCGAGAAAUGA